AUGGCUCGUGAUUCUUCCACCACCGCAGCAUCCAGCGCUCCCUUCCUUUGGCAUGCUGAUGACUGCGGUGCCCCUACAAUAGACGCCCUAGAAGAAGAGAGCUUUGCACUGUCCUCUUCCGCCUCUGAUGCAGAAUUUGAUGCUGUGGUUGGAUGUUUAGAGGACGUUAUUAUGGAUGACAAGUUCCAGGUACUGCAGAGGAACUUCAUGGACAAGUACUACCAGGAGUUUGAAGACACAGAAGAGAAUGAACUCAUCCAUACCCCCAUUUUUAAUGAAUGUAUUUCCCUGGUAGAGAAGUACAUUGAAGAACAGCUGCUGGAGCGUAUCCCAGGCUUCAACAUGGCAGCUUUCACAACAACAGUGCAGCAUCAGCAUCCAAGACCACGAGAACGAGCCUGUGUCACUAUCGGGAGCAACAAAAGGCAAGGUGUCACAAGUGCCCAUCAUGAUCCCGCACUGCAUCUUCUCCAGAUUGCUCCCCUUGGACACACACCCCACCCCACCCCACCCCACCCCUGCCGCCAGCUGUGA